GAGCUAAAUCCGUCUACAUUGACUAGAAACAAAAUCAGCUCGAAGCCCAAUAUCUUGGCACACGAUCACAAUAAACGUACGGCUCCUACGAUCUUCGCGAGUGCUGUGGCGCUUUUCGAGGCACUUCAUGAGACACUCGACGACACUACAAGUGUGUACCCAGAGCCUUUCUUAUUCCAUGGAGGAUAUCAACGUCCGUUCACGGAGCAAGAAACGCCUAAGUCUGUCUCGCGCGAAUUGGCCGACAAAGUGACUGAAAUCACUGGUUAUCACUACGCGGUCAAAGACAGCCUGCAGACCACCGGUGCGCGAAAAGGAGUGACGUACAAAACGCGUUUCCGGUGCAGCAUAGAGGACGACCAACGCCAUGUGAUACGUAAAUCGCCCUAUAUGCGUCGCAAGAAGCCUAGUCAUGUCUGCCAUACCAGUCUCGUCAUAUCCUCAAUGACACAAGAGCAGACGGAUGAAUACUUGGUGACGAUUCGGCUAUCUACGCCACAUCGACGUUCGGAAUCAGACAGAGACCGUUCCGUUUACUCGAGUCACCCACUGAUCGAUACGUCGGACGUUGAGGAGAGCAUCGGGGUUGUGGAUGAAGGUGCAUCAACGUCCGGGGAGAACAGUUCGGCCCAGUUGGAGGUGUUUGACGAUGAGGGUUCUUCGACUCCUGCUCCGGAUGGGUCUAUGGUCGAACUGAAAGUGUCCGAGUCUGGCGAGAGCGAUGCCGAGAUUCCUGCUUUGUUGUACCCGGAGGAUUAUGCCGUGUCUUGAUGUUGAUGCAUACGUUCGUCUUCACUUUCCUUCUCUUCCUUGCGUCAGCCCAGUAUCUCAAUCUGUCCCUACGCAUUUGGCCCGCUGAUGCUUUCGUCCAUUCCUCUGC